AGAUAAUUAAUCAUCAAUAUAUAUUUUUAGAUUUUGACCCAUAAAAGUUCGAUCAUGGCUAGACCUAGAUCCACGGUCAAGAUUCCGGCGAAUCACCGAAUCUUUCUAUCAAAUAGUCCGGUGGAAGAAUCAGAUUCCGACACCUCUCCCAUGAAUUUGUCCGACACGGUAUUCGAAUUCCUAGACGAUUGUUCUCCGUCCGGCAGCAGCGACGGCGGCGGCGGCGGCGGAGAAGGAGGAAGCAAUUCCUUCCCCUGUUUGGAUGACGAUGAUGAUGAUCAUGAACCCAUUUCAGAUGAUAAAACAUUCUGGGAAAACCAACAUCAACUUCUUAAAGCAACUUUAUAUAGAACGAGUUCAUUAGAAACAAAGAUUCGGAAAGAGACUAAAGAGGUUAUGGAGGAUUUGAAAAUUAAGGGAAAUUUUUGUUCAUGUGGAAAACCGGUCGCCGGAGGAAGUUGUCGGGAUUGUUUAAUGAGGGAGGUUUGUACACGUUUGAGAAAUUCCGGAUUCAAUUGUGCAAUUUCAAAAUCUAAAUGGAGAAAUUCUGCAGAUCUUCCAUCAGGUGAACACAAGUUUUUGGAUGUAAUCGAUAACUCGGAUUUAAAGAAGGGGGAGAUAAGAGUGGUAAUCGAAUUGAACUUUCGAGGUGAAUUCGAGAUGAGUAGAAUGGGUGAAGAAUAUCAACGUUUGACGAGUAAACUACCUGAGGUUUUCGUUGGAAAGGUUCAAAGAUUGGAGAGUUUAAUCAAGAUUAUAUGUUUUGCGGGUAAAAAGUGCAUGAAAGAGAAGAAAAUGCAUAUUGGUCCGUGGAGGAAACAAAAGUAUAUGCAAGCCAAAUGGCUCGGGCCUUGCCAGAGGACUGAGCCAACUCCUCCUGUGGCUCAGACCGGGUGGUGGGCGAGUCGGGAGGUGGGUCGAAGGCCCGUGACAUCCAUGUUGACCGUAGACUUUCUUGAUAUUGCCCCGAAAUUGCAAUGUCAAAUGGUGUUUGUUUGAAUCUAUCAAUGAUGGUUCAUAUGACCAAUUAUGCUCUUAAUG